AUGCCUCACGCAGUAUCGCCAGAGCGCGAGUCCGCGGGCACGCCUCAAGACACGACAAUUGAGGACACGCCCACCCAGAAUGACACCGUUGAAGAGGACAAAGAUAUCGAGAUGGCAGAUGCUGCAGAUGGAGAAGCUGCGAAACCGACCGGAAAUGCUCUAGAGGACAUGUUUGACGACGACGACGACGAUGAGGAUGAGUUCUCCUCCAGUGCAGCAACACGUCCAGACAAUAGUUCUCAGCCAACCGCCGGCCCAUCGACCAAGUUCUCUGACCCCGAAAACCUCAGACAAUUCUAUCAACGGCUGUGUCCUUUUCGACCUCUCUUUCAAUGGCUUAAUCACUCGGCCAACCCUCAGCCGGAUUUCACCAAUCGCGAAUUUUCCUUCUGGUUCCCCGGCAAUAAAGUGUUUCGAUACCUGUCCUUCCCAUCAGCCGACCUGCUGAAGAAGCAGUGUGUUCAGAUGAGCCCAGAACGUUUCGAGAUUGGCCCGCAGUAUUCAAUCAACCCCAAAGAUCGCAAAACACUUAAAAACGCGUCGGCGUUCAGACCCAUCAUGAAAGAGCUGGUUUUCGAUAUCGACAUGACGGAUUAUGACCCAAUCCGCACUUGCUGUUCGGGAACGAAGAUCUGUAACAAAUGCUGGCAAUUCAUUGUCAUGGCGAUCAAGGUCUUGGAUGCUGCUCUGCGGGAAGAUUUCGGAUUCCAGCACAUCCUCUGGGUGUACUCCGGACGAAGAGGUGCCCACGCCUGGAUUAGCGACAAGCGUGCGCGUGAGAUGGAUGACAGUAAACGAAAGGCAGUCGCAAACUAUCUCGAAGUCCUUCGAGGAAACGAAAACGGAAAGCGACUUGGUCUCAGACGACCUCUCCACCCGCAUGUCGCGAGGAGCUUGAAGCUCUUGGAUCCUUACUUCCAAAACGAGGUUCUGACAGAUCAAGACCCAUGGCAGAGUGCUGAGCAAGCAGAGAAGCUCUUGAACCUUCUGCCGGACAAGUCACUGACAGAUGCAUUGAAGAAGAAAUGGGACUCCUCAGCCGAUAGGAGUUCCAACCAGAAGUGGAUCGACGUCAACGCCAUGGCAGAAGCCGGCAGUUUGUCCACCCUUUCGACCACACAGCUUCGGGACGUCAGGCAAGACAUUAGAUUGGAAUACACUUACCCUCGAUUGGACGCUGGCGUGACGAAGACGACUAAUCACUUGCUGAAGUCACCUUUCGUUGUACAUCCUGGAACCGGCCGAGUGUGUGUGCCCAUCGACAUGCGCCGCCUGGAGGACUUCGAUCCAUUUUCUGUUCCGGUAGUAACUGAUCUCAUUGCUGAGAUUGAUGAAUGGGAUAGAAAGCAGGGCGAAAACAUGACCGACGAAGACAGAAGCAAGGUUCAGGAUUGGCAGAAGACCAGCCUGAAGCCUUAUAUUGAGUACUUCAAAGGGCAUGUCGCGAGCGUAAUGAAAGAGGAAGGCAAAGGCAAAAGACAGCGCGAUGAGGAGGGUAUGGACUUUUGA